AUGAAACACAAGGAUUGUUCGGAGAUUUUUAAAAAAGACACCAGCAAAAAAGGACAAGACGGAGUGUAUGUUAUUUACCCUGACACCCGCAGAGAGGUCUACUGUGACAUGUCAACAGACGGAGGAGGUUGGACAGUCAUUCAGAAACGAGAGGAUAGCGACGUCGAUUUUUACAAAACAUGGAAAGAGUUCAAACAGGGAUUUGGAAAUGCAUCUAAAAAUUACUGGAUAGGGAAUGAUGCAAUCCAUGCUCUAACCAAAGAUCAGGACCAGGAACUUCGAGUAGACCUCCACGGAUUUGAUGGGGGAACAGCGUAUGCUGAAUAUUCAACAUUUUAUAUCGGAAAUGAGGCAAACAAGUACAAACUCACAGUAUCCGGAUACACAGGAACUGCAGGUGACAGUCUAGCUUAUCACAGUGGUAUGAGAUUUACCACAAAAGACCAGGAUAACGAUGAGAGUGAAAUUCGUAACUGUGCUACAAGGUAUCACGGAGCCUGGUGGCACAACGACUGUUAUAGAUCACACCUGAAUGGAAAGUACGCCUUCUCACCUGAUGCUGAUGGUAAUUACGUGGUGUGGUAUCACUGGAAAGGAUACAGAGCCCUUCAAAGGACUCAGAUGAUGAUUAGACACAAAAACUGA